GCAUCGUGUGGUCGUCUCUGUCUGCCCAAUGUGUCAAGUUAAAAGUUGUUCUGUAAAGUUUAUUCUUCAAAAUAGCUGUAGUUUGCAACACUGAUUAUAUUUACAUUUGAUAUUACUUUAAGAGGAAAAUGCGACUUUUGCGUAAGAUUAAAUACAUUAUUGCAGCGGGAGCAGCUGGUGGAGUUUUGGCAAGCUAUCUCACUGUGAGUGCAGCAGAGGUUGUCCAUGAAGAAAAGUACAGGGAAGAUCCUUCUUUGUUUUCCCAGAACAAUUCUAGAUCAAAAUGGGAUUUUAACUGGGACAAGCAGGAACCACAUAAUUUGGUGAAACCUUCCAAGUCUGGCACAGUCGAUAGUGAAAAAGUAGAGAAGGUAAAGCCAACUGCUACAAGAAAUCUUAUCUUGAUUCGUCAUGGCCAGUACAACCUUAAGGGAACAUGUGAUGUGGAACGCUACCUCACCUCAUUGGGUAUUGAGCAAGCAGAUUAUACUGGGAAACGUUUAAAGGAGUUGGCUAUGCCCUACUCAUCUAUAGUGCAAUCGUCAAUGUGCAGGGCCAGAGAGACAGCCAAUGUCAUAUCUGGUCACUUGCCUAAUGUCCCUCUUCACACUUGUGACUUGCUUCAAGAAGGAGCUCCUUUCCCUCCAGAGCCACCAGUGGGACACUGGAAGCCUGAGAUGCAUCAGUUUUAUCGAGAUGGAGCGCGUAUAGAAGCUGCUUUCCGGAAGUACUUCCACAGAGCCGAAGCUUCUCAAAAAGAAGACAGCUACGAAAUUUUGGUUUGCCAUGCCAAUGUUAUCCGCUUCUUUGUUUGCAGAGCUUUGCAGUUCCCCCCUGAGGCGUGGCUGCGGAUGAGUCUUCACAACGCGAGCGUUACGUGGAUCGCCAUCCGGCCAUCGGGACGCGUCGUGUUACGGGCACUCGGCGAUUGCGGCCAUCUCCCACCAGCUAAACUAACCACCACGUGACGGCGGCGUUCAAUAAGAUUGAUGAUGUAACCAAGGACAGUGCUUUGGAGUAGGAUGGGGUAGCGCGCAACAUUUGCAAACAGCUUGCUGCCAUUUAUUCCUGUGACGUCAUAAGAAAUUUCUGUCCGUCUUCCUCUUUUUUUUUCUCCCGAUUUUUAUUUUUUCCUUUAGCAAUCGCGAUGCAUGUGUCGUUAUUGUUUGUUCGGAAUCAAUACAAAGUACGUGAUUCUUCAUAAACACAAAA